CGAAUGCACGAACGCAGGUGCACGGGCUGAGAGAACUCUUUUCAAACCACACCAAAUAAACCUCCUCUAACGAUGGCCUUAGCCAAUGAUGCUCGCUUUGGACAAAAAGAGUCUACUGAUCAGAACUUUGACUACAUGUUCAAGAUCUUGAUCAUUGGUAACAGCAGUGUCGGUAAAACUAGCUUCCUGUUCCGCUAUGCUGAUGACUCCUUCACACCUGCUUUUGUGAGCACUGUGGGUAUAGACUUCAAAGUGAAGACCAUCUAUAGAAAUGACAAGAAGAUAAAGCUCCAAAUAUGGGACACUGCUGGGCAGGAAAGGUACAGGACCAUCACCACAGCGUACUAUCGUGGAGCCAUGGGUUUUAUUCUUAUGUAUGACAUCACCAGCGAGGAUUCCUUUAAUGCUGUUCAGGACUGGUCCACGCAAAUUAAGACAUAUUCGUGGGACAAUGCUCAAGUGCUGCUGUUGGGAAAUAAGUGUGACAUGGAAGAUGAGAGAGUAGUUGCUUCUGAGAGAGGAAAACAACUGUCAGAACAGCUAGGCUUUGAGUACUUUGAAGCCAGUGCCAAGGACAACAUCAAUGUGAAGCAGACAUUUGAGCGGCUGGUGGACAUCAUCUGUGAGAGAAUGUCAGAGAGCCUGGAGUCUGGCGAUCCCACUGUAACUGGAAACAAACCGUGUCCUCAGCUCACGGAGCAGCCACAGCGCUCCCACAAGGACUGUGCUUGCUAAGGGUUACUCUCACAGUCUCCAUCAACCAUUUCCAAGCAGAUUGAACAAUGGACCACUCCAUGUGGGAAUGCAUCGGUAAGAGUCAACCUCAUAGAAGCGCUGAUGUGAUGUGGCUAAGAGCCUGUCCUCCAUGCAUUUUGUUAUUCUUCAUAUUAGUAUUCCCACCAGUGCUACUCUUGUCACUUAAUUAUUUGGUGGUGUCUUUAUAGUAGGCUAAAAGUCUUAAAUGUAAUAAUUAUUGGUUAGAAGUAUAUUUUGGAUAAAAAAUUUAUUCCAACUUGAAUCAAUCACAUGUUAUUCUUGCAUAAUGUCUUCUGAAGCAUUCUUUUAUACCUCCAGGAGCAUUGUGUAUGGAUAUUUUGAGUUUGAUAGAGUUCAAAUUCACACAAAAUUUUCAUUCCAGUGUCAAGAGAUAUUUGAUUCUUGUUUAAACAACAUAUAUAUAUAUAUAUAUAUAUAUAAACCAAUGUACAAUACAGUUGGCACUAGGCUGUUGUAUAAAAACUUACAGCAUUAAAGGUCACUCCAUUGGUGUCCAAGGAUAGAAAUGUGAUGAUUUAAGGAGUGAGAACUGAUUGUGCAUUAAUUAAUUUGUUCCCUAUGACUUUCAAAAAAAGCAGGUGUAUUUUGUCAAACAUAUGAUAUAAGAAAAGUAACAUUUUAUGUUAUACUGUAUGUUAUAAUAGAUGUAAUUAAGAAGAAUUUAUAAAUGUGUGGUUAAUUGCUUACCGUUUUUUGAAAUAUGACGGAAGUGGUGAAUUUAAGUGGUAUUUCAGGAUUUCAGUGCUACUUGAUUGAUGCUUUUACUCUGGAUCCUCCACAUACUGGCAGACUCAAACUCUGAUUUUACUGUUAAGAAAAUGUGCAAGUGUGUGCUUGUCUCGGUUAAUGUCAUUCUAGUAUUUUUAUAGUAUUUAGUAUACUUUAAACAAGCAUAGAUGUUGAUUGCUGUCAUUCUUCAUGUAGAAAACAAAAUCAAAGCUUUAAUGAAGAGAAACCUGAUUAAUGAAUAUCAGCAAGGUUUUCUGGGAAUUAUUUUAAUUUGCAAAGACUAAUAUUAAAAUAGUAAUAAUAUUUAAAAAAAUCAUUAUUUUCAAUUUUUUUUUGCUUUAGAUGUUUAUUUUGGUGUUAGAAAGCUUUUACGCUACAAAUCCUAAAAAGAUCGUAGAGACCUGGUUAGAGAUGCACCAUUGGUGGAUCACUUGUAUCCAUUAAAUCACUUUAAUAUUUAGUAUUGAAUUUUGUUAGUGCACACUAUAAUAUUAUUGUAUGUAAUUUACUGCUUUAUUUAUUAUUUAUUUAUAUGCAUUUUAUUGGUGUAUUGUGUUUUGUAUUAAAGCAAUUGAGGACUGUUUAAAUACUGCACUGCUUCAACUCUAGAUGAUUCUAGAAUAGGGCUGAAAUGAUUAGUCGACGUUAUUGACAACUUCGACAAAAAAAACAAAUUCCGUUGUCGAAUAAUCGUUUGAUGUAAUUUAAUGUAACGUGAUCAUAUGAAACUCUCAUGAUGACGUGCGAGAGCAGCACUACAGUUCGCACUUGACUGAGGAGAGGAAGAAUUACACAGUUCACAGUCCAGGUGCACUCUACAUUUUCACAGCUUCAGGUGAUGUAAAUCGCAAAGUUUGAGGGAAUUAUAAUGCAAAAAUACAAAAUAAGUACAGAAGCACUCUCGUGGAAUAAGCGUAGGCAGAGCUCUUUAAAGGAAACACAAAAACAAACAAAUCUUUAAUGCAGUUAUAUUUCAUGAGUUAUUAUAGCUUUAAUAAAGUUCAAAUAAUAUGGAAGCAGAUCAUGUAAAUAACUACAAACUCCGAAACAGUAAUUUCUCUGUGCGGUCAGCACCUCUUCUAUGAGUUGCGUGAAUGUCCCGAUCCGAGGGGGGGAGACUGAAACUGCACCCGGCUGAUGCACAUUAUGUCACGGGGACGCUUGUCCCUCGAGCAUGCACGCUUGCUGCAGCUAGAUUAUAACGUGAUGGCUCGUGAUUUAUUGAAUCAUAAUAUACAUGUCACUGUGCAUUUCUACUUGUGAAGAAAAUUGUCAAUAAGCAGCUUUAUUCUCUCUUAAGAGAGAGGUUUUUUUGAGAGUUAAAGAUGGAUUGAAAUGAACAAAGGUGAGAGAGGGGAGUCUUCGCCCCUGCUACAAAAUAUAUUUUUGAUUUGUUUUAGAUUUUUUGGCAAGUUUUCCAAUAUAUAUAUAUAUCUAAAACUCAUUUAAAACAAUGAACAUUUACUUUAGGAACUAUAAUGCAGAAGAUAAAAUUGUUAUCCGAGUAUGUUGAAUAUAAUAUUACAAAUAUUAAUAUUUUAAAAUCUCUAAAAAUCCUUUUUAAAAAAAGAUUCAUUCACCUGAGAAGCUGCAUAUAAGAUAUUUAUACUUGCUUUUAGAGAAUAGAUCUUGAAUAUAAAUAUAUUUUGUCUUUACUGCACUUGAAGUCUAACCAAGUGAAAAAAAUACACUUAUAUACACUUACUGUAUAUUUAAGAUACAUUCUCUUAAAGCAAGUCUAAAUAUCUUAUAUGUUGCUUCUCAAGUAAAUGUGUCUUGUUUUAAGGAACAAGACAAAAACACUUUUAAACUAUCAUUUUUUGCAGUGAUUUUUGUUUAUACCGAAUAAAACGUAAUAAAAAAUAUUUUAUACUUUAUUUCUCCUAUGCAAUUCCAAAGCAUUGUUAUACCAAAUAGUCAUUGGAUAUGCAGGGUUUUUCAGGUGCAUAAUUGAUGAGGCCAUGAAACUGUCACGAACCCCGCUCCUCUGCUUCUCCCCGCAUCGUCUAGCACACACACGCACACUCCCUCACUCCGCCCCCUCGAGCUUUUCACGCUCUUUUUGCUUGCUCGAGCCCUCACGCCCACUUUGCUCCUACUCGCUCACAUGCUCGUAGGCGAUCUCCCUUCCUCGAGUUUCUCACGCGCUUCCAAUCCCCAGAACAUUAUGACAACCUGCACUCGCGUCAUCUGCACUCCUGCACAUUAGUUUCACCUGCACUCGUCUCAUCACCUGUCAUGGUUUACACCUGCACUUGCCCCUAUAUAUAUCACCACCCUUUCGCUGCACGGGUGUUGGUUAUUGUAUUUAGAUUCCCGUGUCUUUGCCCCCCGCUAGUCUCGUCUAGUUUUGACCCCCCCCUGUGAUUCGUUACCCCUUAGCUUGCCAGGUCUCUUGUUCCCCUAGCUCCCCUGUUUAGGCCUUCCCGCUACUCUAUUCUGAUUACCCCGGCUUUGACCCUCGCUUCCCUCGACCAUUCUCAUUGGAUUUGCCCCUUGUUUAUACUUUGAUUCCCCGGCUUUUGACCCUACGCUUCCCUCGACGAUUCUCCCUCUGGAUUUACCCUGUUAUGUACUUUUGCCUGCUUUAUUUUUAUUAAAGCAGUUUUUCCUCCGACAUUGUGACUGUCUCGUCUUGUGUGUGUGUGCGGGUUACAGAAACGUAUACUCUCCAUUCAUACAAUGUUUACAAUCCAUCUUAAACAAAUUAUAGCAAAUUCACGGUGAUAUACUUUUUAUACAGCAAAAUCAAACAGGUUAGUGAGCUUUAUCUCUUGAGAAGUCACUGUAAAUAUUUGAAGCCAUAAAACUGAGUUUGAAAAGAGGUAGUUUGGUUUUGAUACUCUUUGUAGUUUGUCUGGCAGUUUGAGUUGUUCUUUUGUUUGUUUUUUGUUAAAUGUAUUGUAAAAUAGCUUUCCACAUUUUGAAAAACCAAAAUGACAAAUGUUUUAUGUAUUUAACAUCAUGUAAUGUUUCAACCUGGGAAAGAAUGGUUGGAAUGUAUCACUGUAUUGGCAACUGACAAUAAACAGU